AUGAGUAGAUCUGAAGGCUUUUCCUCGUCCGACGAGGAGAACUACGCCCCACGAAUCAACCUUCCCAACGUGAACUUGGCCUCUAAUCGCAAGAAGGACAAGUCCCAGUCCAAUUUCUCCAGGGCCAAAAAGAAGUUCUCAACAAACAAAGCGAUAAAGUUUCCCGAUCUGACCAAUUACAGAGGCUCGUAUGUGAGCAACUCUUCCAACGUGUCGUCGACUGUGUCUUCUGAUGUCGAAUCUGACCCUGGCAGCUUGACUGCCCAAACUCCGGAAGGUGGCUCGCUUCCUAACUUCUGGUUCAAUCCGCAUCUUCAGAACCAAACGAUCCAAUCUGAAGAUUCGGAGGCUUCUGAUACCGAUCACCACAAUUACCCUACUAAUGUUUACGAUGUGGACUCUUCAGAAGAUGAGGGCCCUCUAGAUACCCACUAUUCCAGAAGACUGCUGAAGUCUCUGAAAUCCAACCGAAAUGAAAUGGAUAUCACCGAUAUACAGCGAACGGAAUCUGGAUCGCAUCUGUACCGGUCGUCUGAGUCCAGGAAAGGAGGAAUCAAGCUGAUUUUCAGAAAGAUGUCCUUGGUGGACCAGGCCAUGCAAGAUGAUCCGACUGCUCCGUCCAGAUCAGACACGUUUUUGGGUCGCGUGCUCAACUUCGGCGGUGGAGGUAUGUCUGGUGGAGGUUUGGCACCUGGAGCAAGCAAGAGCGGUGAAGAUACCAUUGAUGAGGAGAAAGAGAUCGGUGGACAGCCUGAGGAUCACCUGGUGGAGAUGAAGAACUUGAAUUUUGCCGAAUUGAAUGAGGAAGCCCAGAACUUGAUCCUGGCCCAUGCUCCAGAGGUAAGAAACCAAGUCAAGUUUCGGGAACCAUCAGCAGAUGCAGCUGGCGACUCUGCGGUCCGAUUGUUGGAUGAAACUUACAACUCUCAUGAAGGAAGUUCCAGUGACCAUGAUAAGACCCACUCACGUACUCCCACCGACACCUCCUCACAUUUCUACCAACCAAACCCGGACUUGCUCAGGGAAGACUUGGACGAUGAUCUUCGAGAUGACGACUAUUUCGAAGAGAACGGUUAUGUUGCUCCACCCAAGCAGGUGCACGCCGGUGUUCUAUCAUCCUUGUUGAAGUUGUACCAGAACACCCAGGGGUCCAAAUCUACCUCAACAUUUGCAUCACAAGGAACUACGUUGGCCGAUGAGCAGUUUGGAGGAUUCGACAGCGGAUACAGCCUGAAGAAUGUCAGCUCUCACGACUUCACUCAACUCAGGUCUCAUUUGAAGCUGGGACCGAAGAAGCUUGCUGGCAAGUUUAGACACAGUAAGUCACCACCACAAGCGUUAACGUCUCCACAAGACUCGGACGAUGCUUACGAAAAGGAUGAUUUGGACGGAGAGGCAGCACAGUUGCCUUCGUUCCAUAAUGCCAAACCAAAAGUACCGAAAUCAGACAAGAAAAUGCCUCAGAAGUUGGGUAAGAAAUUGAAGAAACGUGACGAGAAGUUGCGUAUUACAGUUCACAUCGCCGAUAUCUUGCAGAGGCAGCGCUUCAUUGUCAGAAUGUGCAGAGCUUUGAUGAUGUAUGGAGCGCCCACGCAUAGAUUGGAGGAGUAUAUGGUGAUGACCAGUCGUGUGCUUGAAAUCGAUGGCCAGUUCGUCUACUUCCCAGGUACCAUGAUUGUUGCAUUUGGUGACGCUGCCACCAGAACUUCCGAGGUUCACUUGGUCAGAUGUGCUCAAGGUCUCAACUUAUCGAAAUUGUCUGACACUCAUAAGAUUUACAAGGAUGUGAUUCAUGACUUGAUUGGUGUGGAAGAAGCAAGUCUGAAGUUGGAAGAGCUCAUGAAAAGAAGCAACAACUUUUCACCAUGGAAAUGUGUCCUUCUCUAUGGGCUAGGUUCUGCCUGUGUGUGCACUUGGGGAUUUGGUGGUGGAUGGCUAGACAUCCCAGUUGCAUUUGGAAUCGGACUUAUGAUUGGAUACUUGCAAUUUUUCAUGUCUUCCAUGUCGAAUUUGUACUCAUCUGUGUUUGAGGUUACUGCUUCGAUCGUGGUGUCUUUCCUCGCUAGAGGUAUCGGCUCAAUCAGAGGAGGCAAUCUUUUCUGCUUUGGAGCUAUUGCUCAAGGUUCACUUGCGUUGAUUUUACCAGGCUAUAUCAUUUUGUGCGGGUCACUUGAGUUGCAGUCGAAGAAUCUCGUGGCAGGCUCCGUUAGAAUGUUCUAUGCUAUUAUCUACUCAUUGUUCUUGGGUUUCGGAAUUACUUUGGGUGCUGCACUUUAUGGUUGGGUUGACUCCAAUGCAACAGACGCAGCAACAUGUUCAUCUGAUCACAGUCUCGACGAUAAGUGGAGAAUCUUGUUCGUUCCAUUGUUUUCACUUUGCCUUGGGUUGAUUAAUCAGGCUAGAUGGCGCCAGACGCCUGUCAUGAUUCUAAUCUCUUCCAUUGCUUACGUUGGAACAUAUUUUGCUGGUAAGCAUUUCUCGAACGUGACGGAGUUCACCGCUGCUAUUGGUGCUUUUAUUAUUGGUAUUUUGGGUAAUAUGUACUCUCGUCUUGGAAGGGGUAUGGCGGUGGCUGCCAUGUUGCCUGCAAUUUUCGUGCAAGUGCCAUCUGGUAUCGCUUCAAAAAGUACGUUGUUGGCUGGAGUUGACACAGCCAAUAAAAUCACCAACUCUUCUUCUGCGAGCACAGAUGCCUCAGAUAUUAGUUCAUUGAGUUUUGGUGCUACCAUGGUGGAAGUUUCUAUUGGUAUCAGUGUGGGGUUGUUUGCGGCUGCCAUUGUGGUGUAUCCGUUUGGAAAGAGAAGAACUGGGUUGUUCACCAUGUAA